AUGGAAAACGACUUGAAGGAAGAACUGAAUACAAGAAUGAGAGCAGCAUGGGCAGCAUUCGCAACCGUCAGGGAAGCUACGGACCAACUGACGGACCAAGAUCUUCGUGCCCAUCUGUUCGACUCGACAGUCCUUCCAGCGCUCUGUUACGCAGCGGAGACGUGGGCAGACACCGCGGCCACGUCUAGGAAGCCAAUUACUACCCACAGAGCCCUUGAGAGAUAUCUCCUGAAGUUUACCCGGCGCACACAACACUUAGGCGGUCUUCGUAGCUCCAAAUUAAAAGGAAUGUCCCGUCUUCGCGACCCAGCGGAAUAUGUAUUGAAAGCAAAACAUAGAUGGGCCGGUCACAUCAUGAGAAGAAUCGGCGAUAGAUAG